AUUAUAUAUCUUUAUUUUUUUAAUAUAAUAUAUUUACAAAAAAAAUAUUUUUUAUAGGUUUGCGAAGUUCGAUUUUCUAACACCGGCUAUACAGAAGAGUAUACCGGUGACUCGAAUAAUAUGUAGAAUGGAACUGCAGAGGAUACUACUAAAUGCAGUUGGUGAAGAUAAUGUAAUGAACAAGUCCAAAGUUGCUGACUUUGUUAGUGAUUCUAAAAAGGUUACGGUCUUUCUUGAAAAUGGCGAACAAUACGAAGGCGAUAUAUUGGUUGGCGCGGAUGGAAUACGAUCCAUGGUGCGGUCGAAGCUGUUUGGUACGAAUAAAGAGCCGAAAUACUCGAACUUCAUAUGUUACACUGGUGUAGCAGAGUUUCAUCCCACGUACCUCCCUUCUUUCGGAUACAAAAUAUUCAUAGGAAGAAACAAGUACUUUGUUGCAUUAGACAUUGGCAAGGGGAGGAUGCAAUGGUACGCCUUCGUUAGGGAGCCGCGUGAAAGUCCCGUUUCCUCCAUAGGUAAUAAAAACAUGCUUUUGGAAUGUUUCGGAGGGUGGUGCGACGAGGUAAUCAAAAUUAUAGGCAGAACAAACGAGGAGGCGAUUAUACGAAGACCGAUACACGACAUAGAUAUGAUUAGCACUUGGGGGAAGGGCCGUGUCAUUUUAUUAGGCGAUGCUGCUCAUGCGAUGCUACCGAAUCUAGGCCAAGGCGGUAGCAUGGCUAUCGAGGAUUGUUAUUGGCUUAUGCUUGAGCUGCAGAAUCUUGCUCAAAGGCACACUAUUUCCGAAAUUCCGUUGGAUCAAAUAACAACCGCGUUUACAAGAUUCGAAAAGAAGAGGAUGUUUCGAGUAAGAAUAGUGCAUUCGAUUUGCAGGCUGGCGUCGACGUUGACUGCAUUUUAUCAGACAUACUUAAUAGACAUUGGUCCUAUAUUUAAUGUAGCAGGUGUACUGAGGGUGAAACAUCCUGCAUUUCAUGUGUCAAACAAACUACUGCAACUAGCUAUGCCAAAAUUCAUGGAAUGGGUUAUUGUAGGCCAAGAUUGAUUCAAACGGCAUAAUAUGUAUAUACAUAUAUACAUACACGUAUACAUACAUAUAUACUAGAAGCAUUUAUGUAUAAAUUGGGACAUUAGCUAUAUUAGCCAUUUAGUAACUAAUGAGUUUAAUCA